CUUCCCUCUUCUUUUUUUUAUUAUCAAUGGUGAUCUCCGAGAUUCUUUCCCCAAAUCUUAUCCUCCCCGUCCCCAUGCUGCUCUUCCACUCUCUUUUCCCCCAUUCCCCUCUCUGAGACAAAGACAGCAACCAUAAAAAUCCCACCUUUUACCUCUGAGACAUGGGUUUUGGACCUCCUCCGCGAUGUCUCUCCUCACCCUAGACCAAUUCCUCUCCCGAUCCUUGCACAGCCGAGCAAACAUCAUCGGCGAAGACGCGGCGGUCGCGACGGCAAGGAGAAUGUACUCAACCGAGAAGCCCUGCGGCGUUGAUUUCUACAACGGCGGACUGCCGCCGCCGCCGCAGAUGAUUCUGGCGGAGAGCAGCGGCGAGGACCAUGAGGUCAGGGCGCCCAAGAAGCGCGCGGAGACGUGGAUCCAAGAGGAAACGAAGAGCCUCAUCGCGCUCCGGCGGGAGAUAGAUGGGCUCUUCAACACCUCCAAGUCGAACAGGCAUCUGUGGGAGCAGAUCUCGACGAAGAUGCGGGAGAAAGGGUUCGACCGGUCGCCCACCAUGUGCACCGAUAAGUGGAGGAACUUGCUGAAGGAGUUCAAGAAGGCGAAGCACCAGAUCAAAGGGAGUGGGUCGGUGAAGAUGUCGUACUACAAGGAACUCGAUGAGUUACUCAAGGAGAGGAGCAAGAAGGCCGGAUUCAAGAGCUCUGCGGCGUCCAAGGUUGAUGCCUACCUGCACUUUCCUGAUAAAGGUCUUGAAGAUGCAAAUAUUCCAUUGGGGCCCGUGGAAGUGUAUAACAAUAGCUAUAUCCAUGAUUAUCUAGCAAACGGUAGAUCACCACUCAACAUGGACAGACCUCUGGAGCAUGAUAGACAUCCACUGGCCAUAACAGCUGCUGAAGCGGUUGCAGCUAGUGGUGUAAAUCCUUGGAGUUGGCGAGAUCCUUCUGUGAAUGAUAAUAAUGCCUCCUAUGAUGGAAGGGUUAUUUUGGUCAAAUGGGGUGAUUACUCAAGAAGGAUUGGUAUCGAUGGCACUGCCGAGGCAAUUAAGGAGGCCAUCAAGUCUGCAUUUGGUUUAAGAACCAAAAGGGCAUUUUGGCUAGAGGAUGACGAAAAUGUGAUUCGCAGCCUUGAUAGAGAUAUGCCUCUAGGUUCCUACACUCUCCAUCUUGAUGAAGGGAUAAGUAUCAAAGUUUGCAUCUAUGAAGAAACUGACCGCAUUGCAGUUCAUACUGAAGAAAAGACACUCUACACCGAAGAUGACUUCCGUGAUUUCCUCUCCCACCGUGGUUGGGCUGGCCUAAGAGAGUUGAGCAGCUUUAAAAAUGUCGUUACACUGGAUGAUCUUCGUCCAGGUGCUAUGUACCAGGGCAUGAAAUUGCUCAGUGAUUAGCAAUCAAUCAAUAUAUGAAUAUCUGGUACCAGAAACCCAGCUACGGGAGUCUUUUAUUUUUUUUCUACGGUUUUAUGAUAUAUCAAACAUAGUCCAACUGAGAAUUGUUAGCAAGUAUUAGGAACAUCAUGGUGUGGUAGCAGUGCAAGCCUAACUGGAUAAUUUCUUCUAUAGCCAGCAGUUUAAUGCACCCCUAAGUUGUGGUGGCAUUGCCCUAUGACGCCUGUAGAUAACCGACGCGAAUGAAAGUUUCAGAGAAUUAGGCUACUGUAGUGUUUAUGUGAAAGGUCAAAAAUGUUGUCUCUUUAUGGAGGAAGUUCAUAUAUAUCCAAUAUGUUUGCAUA